UUUCUUUCUCUUUCUCUCUCUCUCUCAAUUUUCCUAUAUAUUCUUUUACAGUCAAAAAGAAUACCAAAAAACAACAACAACAACAACAACAACAAGAAAAUAAAAGCUAUAAAAUAAUAUAAAAUAAAAUAUGACUGCUAGUGAUAUUCUUGAGUAUUCUUCAGCUGAUGCUAUUGAAGACAGUGUUAGUCAUGUCCGUCAAGUAUUCAACACAGGCAAGACUCGUAAUAUUGCCUUUAGAAAGGCUCAAUUGAAGCGUCUCUACAGUUUGGUCAAAGAAAAUGAGUCACGGUUUUGUGAAGCCCUCUUCAAGGAUCUCAACAAGCCCUACACUGAAGCAUUCAUUUCUGAUAUUGGACCAACUCUUGACGAGUGCACCUACUUUCUGAAUAAUAUCGAUCGAUUAGUGAAAGAUGAGGAGGUCAAGCCACGUAUGCUGACCAACUUUACCGGAAAGAAUAUUAUUCGCAGAGAUCCCUUGGGCAUGGUAUUGGUUAUUGGUUGCUGGAACUAUCCUGUACAGCUCGCCUUGGUUCCUCUUGCUGGUGCAAUUGCUGCUGGUAACACUGUUGUUGUAAAGCCAUCGGAAAUCUCUAUGCAUACUUCUGCAUUGAUUACCGAGCUAUUUACAAAGUACAUGGACACUAGUUGCUAUCGUAUUGUAAACGGUGGUGCGGAAGAAACGACUGCUCUCCUUAAAAAUGAGUUCAAUCACAUCAUGUACACUGGAAAUAGUACAGUUGGCAAGAUUAUUAUGACAGCAGCAGCUCAAUUCUUGACGCCAGUCACCCUUGAAUUAGGAGGGAAAUCGCCAGCAAUUGUUACUCCUGAUUCGGAUCUUUCUAUCGUUGCCAAGCGGAUCUGUUUUGGAAAAUUCUACAACUGUGGACAGACAUGUGUCGGCGUUGACUACGUGUUCGUACCUCAAACACAUGCAGACACAUUAAUCAAUCACAUUCGUGAAACCAUCACAGAGUGGUUCGGAGAAAAUCCCCAGCAAUCCAAGGACUAUAGUCGGAUUAUGAACACUCGUCACUACGACAGACUUGCCGGUAUGCUCGACAAACCCCACACCGGAACACUGGUCAUUGGCGGUGAGCGAGACCGAGAGACAAGAUAUAUUGCACCCACUGUGAUCACCAAUGUCAAGUUUACUGAUCAGGUCCUGAUGACUGACGAGAUAUUUGGACCCAUAUUACCCAUCAUUUAUUACAACACCAUUGAUGAGGCCAUUAGUCUCAUUAACAAAAAACCUUCUCCAUUGGCACUCUACAUGUUCACAAACGAUCCUAAACUAACAAAGAGAGUGUUGGAGAAUACCCAAUCUGGAGGUGUUUGUGUCAAUGAUUGCCUUGUGCAUCAAUCAGACUACGCGUUGCCCUUUGGUGGUGUAGGCAGCUCAGGCAUGGGUAAUUACCAUGGCGACCAUUCCUUCCAGACUUUUACCCAUGCACGAUCCAUCAUGAUCAAGAAGCAGGCCAUGGAGUCUCUUAUGCGUGUCAGAUAUCCACCUUACAACGACAGAAACAAUUCUAUCCUGCGUUUUGUUGUUUCUGGUCAUCCUGCCAUCAACUGGAUAAAGACCUUUAAAGGUUCAUUGAAGGUCUUGACUGUCCUUAUUGUCAUUUUGGCUGUUUAUCUUAAAAGACUUGGCUAACUAUUGUUAUUAUCCAUUAUUAAGCUUUUCUCUCUCUCUCAUUUUCAAUAAUAUUGAUAUCGAUAUUGAUAACUAUAAUUAUAAUAACAAUAAUAAUAAUAAUAAAAAUAAAAAUAAAAUAAAAUAAAAAAAUGAUACUUGAGCAAAU